AUGAAGCUUCUCAGUCAGCAGAUCCGCGACUGGACAAAGCUUUUGGCCGACAUAUUACUUCUGAAGAUCAUGAGGGGGCCCACGCGGCGGCCAUUCUGCGAUCUUUCAAAGACGCGAGCCUUAGCUAGUACGAAGUCUCCUCUUGGUCUUUUCUUGGAGCCGGGCUCAAGUAGGCAUCGUAGCGAAACCCAUGCGCCGCGUGCGCCUUCCUCCUUACCGAGUGAAUAUUUGCCCCUGCCUGCGUCACCUCCGCCUUCGCCUUCGCCGGCACCAGCAUCUCCAUCUGGAAACGUCGCAUGUGGCGCGGAUGACCUACCCCAUGAUGAGGCGAGCUUCUGCAUGCCGGCGCCCCCCUCUCCCCAUUCACCAGGCUAUCGUUUGCCGUCAUCCCAACCAGCUGAUGGCGAGUGCGGCGGCUCACUCCCCGAUGCAUUGAGCCCUCCCACUCUGAAGCGGAAUAGUGCUCAAUCGGCGCCCUCGACCUCCUCGACUUCUCGCAAGCGUGCUCGCAAUGAGGACGACUGCGAAACAGCGCCUCGGGCGAAGCGUCGUCUGAAACGCCGGUCUACCCUGGAAGAUUCCGCCACAGAAGAGUCUAGCGAAGACACACCGUAUGAGGACGACGACGACUGUCGGACGCAUGAGGUGAAGGAACGCAGCCAGGGCCCGGGGAAGCCGCCUUUGAAGGAUUACUACAACCGCAAAGGGACGAAGCUGGAAAUCGUCAAAACCAACGUCAAGGUCGAUGUGAAGGAGUUUCUCAAGCACGCGGAGCAGAUCCCACACGAUAAAACUCAGUGGCGCUGCACUUACAGGGACGAUGAUGAGCCAUGCGGUUAUCAAUCCAAGAGGCAUCUAGUCAAGCGUCAUGUGGAAGGAAAGCACCUGGGCAUUAAUGUAGCUGGUGCAAAAAACGAUUUACACAGCGCGUUAAUGCUCAAGGCUAUCAUAUCAAUAUACAGUGCGUACGCACCUUCCACGCUCGUUCCACGUCGUGCGCUCACGUAG